CGCCGAUUCAGUUGUGCGGCACAGGUUUAUGCGAGCGGUUCGAGAGCCGGAAAAAUCGGAACUCAAAACUAAAGACUUUUAUGACGGUUUAUGAUUUUUUGUGCUGUGACAAAUGCGAUUUAUUUGUGGACAAUAGUGGAAUUUGGCAAUCAGCUGGAAUUGUUCUGUGAGAGCAAAGAGUGCGAAAAAAUAAACUGUAUGCUCCCUAAAACCUAAAAACUGCUCAAAAACUCAAUAAAAAUCAACGAUAGUGAGCCCCUGGCAACACUUGCAUUUUCCCUCACGACCAAUCGCCCAAUAACUCCCGACUGACACACAUUUGAUGAGAACAAAUAGCAAACUUAAAUAAAUCAACCGAAAAUAAUGUCAACGAAAUCAAUGGCGGGCCACGGCAGCAGCUGCAACAUGUUGCUGCUGUGUCUGCUGCUGUCGCUGCCGUCCGUCGCCCCAGUCCGCCUGCCCAAGAGCAGCGGCAACAAUGCAACAGCAGCAGCAUCGUCAAGAGCAACAUCUGCUGGCAGCAACAAUUCCAUUGCCAAUGCCAAGGCUGGUAGCAAAUAUGAGAUACGCGGCGUUGCCGGUGAACCAAAUUACAAAUCGGUGAAUCUGACCUGGGAAGUUGAAUUCGUGCCGUCGGCCCAUGACACAGAUUCGAGCCCCAACUCCAACUCCGAUUCCAACUCCAGAGCGGGCCAGGUGAACGCGACAAAUAUGAGCGGCGAUGUGGAACCGCCCCGGGCUCUGGCAUUCCAGAUAUUCUACUGCGAGAUGCAGAACUACGGCCCUCAGCGGUGUCGCGUCAAAUUGGUGAAUGGCACCACCGCCGAGGUCUCCCAGGAGGAUAACGAGGACGAGCACGAUCCCUUGGGUUCCCAGGUGCAGCACUUCGCCGCCGCUGUGGAUAACUUGCGCAUGGCCACCAAAUACAGUUUCCACAUUCGCCCAGCGGCUCAGAAGCGCCUCCUAGCGGGCGGAACCCGCAGCUCCAAUGCUCGCUCGGAAUUCCAUGACGAGAAUGAGGUUGAAAGUGGAUCUGGACACCUGCCAGGCCAGAGCAUCGUCAUACCCACCAAGGGAUUCACUGCCCAUGCCACCCAGUGUUUGCCCCACGCCUCAGAGAUCGAGGUGGAGACGGGUCCCUAUUUCGGAGGACGCAUAGUCGUGGAUGGUGGCAACUGUGGCAUCAAGGGCGAUGCCAGUGAUUCUGCGGACAAGUACACGAUGAGGAUCGACCACAAGGAGUGCGGGAGCUUGGUGAAACCGGAGACCAGCACGGUGGAGACCUUUAUCACGGUGCAGGAAAAUCUGGGAAUCUUCACACACAGUACUAGACGCUUUGUGGUGGUCUGCAGCUAUCAGUCGGGCAUGCAGACGGUGCGGGCAAGCUUCACUGUACCCGGCAAGAACGGAGUGGCUGCCGCCUAUGAGCCCAACGAUCCCUUCCAGCCGGAUGAAGAUCAACGUUUGGGCAGGGAACUCCGCCAGAUGCGGUACGUCAACAAGACGGAACUGGUGCUGCGGGAACCGGACUCCCCGUCCGACUCCCAAACCGAAUCCGAGUCUGUGGAACAGGCAGCGGUGGUGGAGCAGACACAGCCAUCCACCACAGAGGCACAGACUGCCCAGAAGAGAGGUCAGGGCAGAGCUCUGAACCUCAACGAGGUCAAUGGCUUGGCGGAGGAGCCGGCGGAGGGACAUCAUUUGGAGCCGGUGGUGGGCACCAAGUACGCCAAACUGGUUGUGGACCAGGCCCACAGCUCCUGGAUGCCGCUGGAGGUGGGAUCACCACCAGGUGGCAGCGUCGAGGAUGAAGCCGUUCUGCGUUAUAUUGGCUCCCAUCUGAGCAGCGUGCUGGUAACCGUUUCGCUAUCUGUGAUAAUCAUCAGCAUUUGCAUCGUUCUGCUGCAUCGCCAGCGGAUCCGCUCACCGCCCCGCAGGCCCGCCCCCUCCUCUUUGGCCGCCCACCUGCCGCACAAGACGCUGCCGCGUGCUUUGCAGCAACAGCAGUACCAGUGCACCUUGUAGGUGCCCCGCCCCCCUCCAAUAACCACCGACUGCCCCGCCUCGUCCUCCCGCCUUUUCCAGCUCGCUAUGCCCACUUGUCUUGCUGAAUGUCAAACGAUGAGAAAAAAAAACAGAAAGAAAACUUCAUUUAGCUGAAGAUGACUGCGCAUAGCCACGCCCCCUCCCCGAGAACUCAAGGCCCCAACGGUACCAGCGGGAUCAGCAUCCUCCGAUUUACAUUUACACAAUUGUGAACUCGCCUCUGAAUCUCAAGCUUUAACUGCGAUCACGAGGGAGGACGAGUGGGCAAAGGCACUUCUCAUAGAGCGAGAUUAGUCUGUAGACUCUUAGACUUACGAUUUUUGUAUAAAUUAUUUAUGCCCAGAAAAUAUAUAUAUAUUUAUAGCUACUAAA